ACUUACUCAAAGGCAGCAACUAGUACAGAACACAAGACAGACCUGCCAGCCAUAAAAUAUACAACAUUCUGUGAAGAGUACGUUAAGAAAUCAAAGCUGACAUUAUCUUAAUUCAGAAACGUCUGAAUUCUGGCUCUGGAUAGCCUCAGGACACCACUGGUCUUCAUCUGUACGCUGACAAAAGUACUACAGACAUCCAGAAAAAGAGCCCAUGGAUGAUCCAGUGCUGGACUCAUCUGCUCAGACAGAACAUGGCUUACUUCUGCUCAGGCAGCUAGAGAGGAUGAGGGCAGCUGAGGAGCUCACUGAUGUGGUGCUGCUGGCAGAGGGGAUCCCUUUUGCUUGCCACAAGGUGGUGCUGUCUGCUUUCAGCCCGUACUUCCAGGCCAUGUUUACAUGUGGGCUGAAGGAGACCCAGGGAGGAGAGGUACCUCUUAAAGACACACCUGCUGAGAGUCUGGAGCUGCUACUGGACUACAUGUACAGAGCUGAACUCCCCCUUUGCAACGACAACAUCCAGGGAUUGGCUGCUGCUGCCUUCCUGCUCCAUGUAGAUGGAGCCUUCAGGUUGUGUCAGAGCCACAUGGAGGCCUGUAUGGACCCUUCCAACUGUGUCGGUCUGUACCACUGGGCCAGAGACCUAGGGGCUGCAAGUCUGGCUGACUGUGCCUUGAGAUACCUCUGCCAACACUUUGCACAGGCUUGUGAGGAAGAAGAAGUGCUGGAGCUGGAUGCCCAAAGUCUUGGGGAUCUGCUGGGUUCAGAUGACCUCAACAUAUCACAGGAGGAGGUUGUGCUGGAGCUGGUGCUGCGUUGGGUGGAGAGGCGAAGGGGGGACUCCCAAAGCGAAGCCCAGGCUGUGGAGUUACUCAGGCGUGUCCGGCUGGAACUUGUGGACCCUGGAUUCCUCCGUAAAGCCAGGAGGAGAAACCCGGUGCUACUGAGGGAUGCUGAGUGCUUUGGAAUGAUUGACGCUGCUCUCCAGACCUCAGGUCUCUGUGAGAUGUCAGCUCCACCUCGGCCGGCCCUUCGUUACGGCAUGGAGACCACCGACCUGCUGCUCUGCUUGGGUGGGGUGAAUAAGGAGGGGGUGCCUGCCCGCCGUGGAGGACUUGCUGACCUUAGUUUUUGCUUUGCCCCCCAUGGUAGAAGGACUUACUACAUCCCCUCUCCACUGAGGGGCUGUGGAGGUAUGGGGCAGAUCACAGCUGGGGUAGUGACACGAGACAACAACAUAGUGGUGGCCAUAGAGGCAGAAGACCAACACAGGAUAAAGAGGGUGGAUAUCUACAGGUACGAUAAUUCGGAAGAGAACAGCUGGGUGGAGCUGUGCUCCACAGUAUACAGGGACAUGUAUGCUUUAGGGCUGUUAGGUGAUGCCCUGUAUAUGAUAGGAGGUCAGAUGAAAUUGCGUAAUCACUACAUUAUCACAGACAGUGUGGAGAGAUGGUCGCUGAAGAGAGGAGGCAGCUGGCUCAGCUUCGCCCCUCUGCCUCUCCCCUUAGCCUGCCACUGUACUGUCAGCCUGAAGGAGCGUCUCUAUGUGCUGGGGGGCUGGACGCCACAGCACCAGCCAGAUGAUGAGCCUGACAAGCUGAGUAACCGUGUGUUUCAGUUUGACCCCGGCAAGGACAGGUGGACUGAGCGUGCCAGGAUGAAGUACUCCAGGUACCGCUGCGGCACAGCUGUCCUCAAUGGAGAAAUCUACAUACUAGGUGGUAUAGGUUGUGAUGGAGAGGAUCGUGGACAAUCACGUCGCUGUCUGAGCUCUGUGGAGAUCUAUAACCCAGACACAGACACCUGGAGGGUGGGGCCGACCCUGCCCACUUCUUUACUCACGCUCCGAACCAACGCCUCCAAUAUAGGAGCAGUGGAGGGCAAGCUCUACCUCUGUGGAUACUACAAGGGGGCCGGCCGUCAUGAGAUCAUCACCAAGGAGAUUUUGCAAAUGGACCCUGCAGACAAUGUGUGGACGGUGGUGGAAAGACGAGCAGCCGUGCAUGACAGCUAUGACGUCUGCCUGGUGGCUAACCUCAAUCCUCGAGACCUCUUCACACCCUAAUUCAUCUCCUCCUGACUCAGAGCAAAAAUGCUUGGAGACAGGAUAUGUGGAAAAUGAGCUUCUGUCCUCUUAACCUCCUACUAAAACCUGGCAUGACUCCUGGACUUCACCAACAGCAAGGUCAAGAUACAUGUCAAAUCUGGAUAACUUCGCCAAAAAAAGACAAUACUCUGUGUUGGUGUGCAGGUGUAAAAUAUCUGCAAAGCUUUUGCCUUUUUAAAUGUAUAAUGAUUCAUAAGUGUAACCAUCAACAGAUCCUCAUACCUAAACAUCAAAAUUGGGUUAGUUUAUUCGUGAAAGACCCAUGUGACCUUUACAAAAACUAUUCAUAUGAAAGUUUUCUAAUCAUCCACAGCUAUGGUUAAGGUUUGGUUUAGUUUAGGGAAUUUAAACCACUGGAAUAAGAGUAGAGAAAUAUUGUGGUCAUGGUUAAAAGAAACCAGUGUCUGUUGGUAGGAGACAGGAUGCAAACUGCAGCCUCUGGUGGCAUGCACUUCCUCCCCCCUGCUUCUAACAGAUAACAGUAAUGUAUCACAUCACCACAAGAGUUUGAUUGUCACAAAAAAUAUUUGCUGUUUUAAAGGUAUGGUUUUUCAUAUGGAAAAAAAAAUUCUUAUUUGCAUUCUUAGAGUCAGAUGAGAAGAAUGUUAUCAAUCCCACGUGUAGAGAGUGGUAUUGAUCUUCUCAUCUAACCUUUAGUAAGAACA